UGGCUGCUCUGGCAUGUUUGAGACGGUCUGUUUCCCUGGUCCUCCUGGGUUUCCACCAAUUGGCAGGAAGGGAUCAGCCUGUCCUAGAGAUCACUCCUCUGCCAAAGAUCCCAACAAGACAACAUGGCUCCCAAGAAGCCUGAGCCUAAGAAGGAGGCGGCCAAGCCAGCUCCAGCUCCAGCCCCUGCACCAGCCCCUGCCCCAGCUCCUGAGGCUCCCAAGGAACCUGCCUUUGACCCCAAGAGUGUAAAGAUAGACUUCACUGCUGACCAGAUUGAAGAGUUCAAAGAGGCCUUUUCAUUGUUUGAUCGGACCCCAACUGGAGAGAUGAAGAUCACCUACGGCCAGUGCGGGGAUGUACUGCGGGCCCUGGGUCAGAACCCUACCAACGCCGAGGUGCUGCGCGUGCUAGGCAAGCCCAAGCCCGAAGAGAUGAACAUCAAGAUGCUGGACUUUGAGACAUUCUUACCCAUCCUGCAGCACAUCUCCCGCAACAAGGAGCAGGGCACCUAUGAGGACUUCGUGGAGGGCCUGCGUGUCUUUGACAAGGAGAGCAAUGGCACGGUCAUGGGUGCUGAGCUUCGGCACGUCCUUGCCACCCUGGGAGAGAAGAUGACUGAGGCAGAAGUGGAGCAGCUGUUAGCUGGGCAAGAGGAUGCCAAUGGCUGCAUCAAUUAUGAAGCCUUUGUCAAGCACAUCAUGUCGGGGUGAAGCAGAGUCUUCCAGGUGCCUGGCCCUUGGCCUUAACCAUACCAGGGUGAGUUAGAGAGAGGCCCCGGAUGGUUGAGCUGAGGUGGAGUCCUCGACAUAUCACCACGCCACUGCCCCAAGGACCUUACAGGCCCUCCUGUUAAUAAACUGCUCCAAUACGGCCAGGCUGGGCUCUGGGAUUAUGA